UAUGACACUCGUGCUGCAGAUUUCAGCACCGAAGCGAAAAGGCAACUGUGUGAGUGUUGGCCUCAGGGAGAAAGAUGUAUCUUAGCACUUAUUCAGGCUAGGUAAGUUAAAAAAGAAAGAAUUUUCUCGAAAACGGCGUCUUGUAAUUUAGGGCUGACUAACGUUAUUAAAAAGCAGCUGUAUGUUUUGCAGCCAUGUGCGCGUGCAGGCUUCUGACCGAGUCGUCAAACUAUAUUCAUUCAACGCAGUUAUUAGUUAAUCGUCCACUGCUAAGACUUACUUAUAGUAAUGUCAUUUACGCUACCUUAUGCUUAACAUAGUUUUUGUAUUUUUUGCUUGUCGCUAAGUAAAUGGCGUCGCAAUUAUUGAAAGCUAUUCAACUUGUUAAUCACCCCAUGCGCCUCCUUGGGAUCAGCGAUGCGCGCUGUUUUUUAAAGCAAACGGGCUAACACGUUGUUUUAAAAAGGUUAGCUACUAAUUCAAGCGUGCCUUGAAUGGAUAACUCCCAGUACUGGUAAUGAAAAAUGUUUAUUUGGGUUUAUUAGGCAAAACACGCACUAAGCUUCAUUGUGGAAGCUGCAUGGAGUGUGUAGCCAAUGUUCUAACCGCAAUAGGGCCAUUUAUACGCGGAAAAAUAAGACGCGUCUUACAUAGGACGCGUCUUAAAUAAGACGCGAACUUGCCGUAUAAACGGCAGAUUUCAGAGAGAUUAAGAUUCACGUUUACGCCAAACGGCAAACGUGAAUUUGUACCACGUGACCAAGUUUUCCCCUUAUUUUCCGUUUACUCUUUAUUGCUUCUACACAAAAACAAGUUGUUUUAUGCCAGUUUUAACCAUAGGAAUCGUUCGGGACUGUUUUUAUCUGCUUAUUUUCUAUUCUGAGAAAUUCUCAACUUGAGUCCGACGUUUGCCGUUUGCGGUAACCGUGAAUCUUAAUCUCUCUAGAUUUCGUCUAAAAUAAGACGCGGCUUAGCUAAGACGCGUCUUCUUUUAGAACAGCCCUUAACACCUGUCCCUAGAUAAGACGCGUCUUAGCUAAGACAAGAAAAACUUCAUAUAAAUGACCUUCGCGUCUUAAAUAAGACCUGAACGCAUAGUACGCAUGCGUUAAUUUUUGGUGUGCCACGUUGGAUUGCCGUUGCUUCGGGCAACAUUUACAUGAAAACGAGUCAAGAACAGAAAUAACACGUGGACCAUUUAUGCGAGCUGUUCUCGUCUUAGAUAAGACAUGCUCGUAUAAAAAUAUUGGUACAGUUUGCUUCUUAUUUAAGAAGCAUUGUAUGGCAAAUUUUUUUUGAAAUUCCUGUUUAUCAAAAACUGUUUUUCAAGCUGAUCUGAUAAAAUUAAUGAAAUUACUACAUUUAUUAUUACAAUAUUAUUAAUCAUAACUAUAAAAAAAUUCUCAAAUCUGAUUAGCUAUCAACUGUCCUGAUUUCAGCUCUAAUAGGACAGUACACGUCAAGCCUAUGUAAUUGGACAGUAUGUGCCAUCAUGUACACUUAAAUGGCUUUUUUUCCCUGCUUGCAAGAAAACACCUGGAAUUUCUUGUGUUUUUUAUUUUCAAGAGGGCUAAAACAUCACAAAGUGUGUUAUGGUUAUGAUUAAUAAUAUUGGUAACAGAACUUUGUGUCAUCCAAUUCUGUCUAAUAAAUAAAUCUCUAUCCAGUGGACAGUGCAAUUGGUUUCCCUAAUGCUCAUCCACUGUUUGGUGAUUAACUAUCCGGCAGAUAACAGUAUCCAGCUUUUGAACACUUGGGGCCUGGUUUCUUGUUUGGGCUAUCUUAUAAGGAAAAUGUAUGACCAAACUGAUGAAAGUUUGUCUUGGAAACGAGCCCCCAAUUGGUCCUGAAAAAUGUGCUAGCACUGAAACUUUGGAUAUAUUUGUGCUUAGAUGUGGGCUGGUGUUCAAAAGAAACCUUUAUAGGACUGUUCAAUUGCUAACAAAGUCUACGGAUGAGAUUCUAUAAUGAAGAACCAGCACGUCAGUUUCUAGUUGAUUUUUAAGGGUGUUUUGACACACAACUCCAGUAAAGGACUAGCUCAAGCAUAAGCUCUCUUUCAUUCUCUUGGUAUCUUGCUUGUGAUGAAGGUGUUGAAUAACAGUCAAUUCUAAAAACCCCCACACCUGUUUUUUAAUAUCUUUCAGGAUUAUUAUGUUUUCAUAACUUAAUCAAUGAAUUAAAAACCGACGAUGCCUGUGACUGAGGACAUGGCUGGGGCCACCGAGAAAACCAAGCAGGAGCUGCAGCAGGUGUUGCUAAACUUGCUGAAGGGGAACGCGGAUAUUCUAAAUUCAGUGACACAAGCUGCUUCUCAACAUGGAGGUUAUGCAAAUGAAGCUGUAAGUAUCUUAUUUGAAGUGUAUUCUAGUGGAAAGCUACAUUGUCCUAAAAAUAUUGUUUAAAAAUUACUUUAUAAUAACAACAAACUUUAGUUUACAAAGAUCUCUGUUGUCUUGCCCUUAUCUUUUGCUAAUAAAAGACAUUUUAUAAGGAAUACUUUCUUAUAGUCACCAAGAAGUGGUGAUGAAGGUGGCAGGAGAGAUCAGAGAAGCCCAAAGAUGUCUAGCUUCCCUGAAGAAGAAAAUAACCUGAACCAACCAGGAAGGGCAAGUUAUCAGUGGCAACUGUCAGACAGUGGUGAGAAUGGAAAUUUUUCUGGUAAAAGAAUGAAUAUCUGUGGAUAUGAGCCCUUCCUCUCUCUCCAAAAAAAAAAUAGAAUAAAAUGAAGAGUGAAACCCAAAUAGAACCAGUGGGUGUCAUUACCAAAGGUUUUUCACCUCCUCUUGCACAGACAGAGAGAAAUUUAAGAACUCAUCAGUGAGAAAAAAAAUUGGAACUUGUAUGUUAUCUUUUAAAUAGACCUUGCAACCCUGGUUUUUUCAACUUUUUUCAUCGACAAGUUAGGGAAAAUCUGUCAACUCCGCUGGAAAGAGUUCCCUUAAAUUAGUAACAUUGUCAAGUUUGAAAGUGAUUUGUUGAAAAUUUACAAUGAUAUAUCUCCCCAACAUCACGCAAUUUUACAUGAGACAGUAUUUUGUAUGGUGGGGGGAUACAAACUUGCCCUUCACAAUACAAACGUCUGUAAAUUUUCGCAACUUUGCAGAGCUGUAUCUUAAUUCACUCUUGUAAGACAUAUCACUUUCAAACUUAGCAAGAUUACCAAUAUUAAGGCGCUCUUUCAAGUGGUGUUGACAGAUUUUCCUUAACUGGUACACAUCAAAAGUUGAAAAAACCAAGUGGAAGAGUCUGUUUACUUAUAAUUCAGCUAUAAUCCACUGAAAACCAACCUUCUCUGAUACAUUUCAUAUGUUUUUGUCAUCAUGGCACAAAUAAUAUAUGUACAGCAGCGAUGGGUUUCUUAAAAAACUCUUAAAAAGCCUUCAAGAUGACUGGUCUGGCCAGUCAGUUCUGACCAAGCACCCACAGCUUCUGGUGUGACAACCAUUCUAUGAGGCAAAUUGCAGUUCUGAUUUUUCAGUUGAAAUUGAUCUAACUUAAAUAAUCUUUCUAAUUGAAGAUGAUGGUAUAGACUCUGCUUGGACUACGACGACUAGAAACAUGUCACCCCGUGAACUUCACAACUGGCGAAAGAGCCUUUACUCUAUUUAUGUAGGACAUUUACCUUAUGACAUUACAAAGGUAUUUCUGCUUUUACUACCUAUUAAUGAUUUGUGAACAAAACAUGAAUGAUUCUCUCUUAUUACUACUUUUGUUUUGUAUGACUCUCCAUACAUGAUUGACGGUAAUAAAUAAAGAUCAAUAUUACCAGUCAAUCACAAUGUAGUUGUUGAUUGAUAGGGUUGAUGUAAAACAAUUAAAAAUUUUAUUCAAUGGCAGAGUUGCUGUAAAAAUCCUUUUUUUCUAAACCUAGAAUCUCAAGAAUUCUGUGGUAAAAAAAUUGUGCAACCUUUGGUAAGAAUAUUAGUAAGAAAAAACAUUUCUUCCCUUUUUUAAGAGUCAUGUUCUUUUCUUGUUGUUUGUUUUGUUGUUGGUUUUUGACAGAAAGAGCUUGUGCAGCUUUUCAGUGAAGUUGGAAGUGUUCAAGAUGCCCAUUUACAACCAGGGAAAGAUCGUGGCUAUACAUAUGGGUCAGUAUUGAGGGACACUGCAAUGUUUGAUAAUUUUGAUAAUAUUAUUUUUUUACCUUCAGCUGUAUUAGUUGCUUUUCCUUUUUGAAUAAAGUUUUUGUUGGGCUGCCUGUGGCAGAGCCAAUCAAAUUGUUAGUGGAAAGUGGACAAAAAAGACAAAGUUGGGGAUGCAUUACGCAUAAGGGUUGUGUGUCCCCUCCCCCUGCAAUGGGGACGAUUAUUUGACUUUUGAGUGGAGAGCUGGUUUCAGUAAUAAACAAGAAAAAAGGUAAUAAUAAUAAUAAUAACAUUUUUAUAGUGCCUAUCCAGUAAUGAUCUAGGCGCUUAACAAAGUGAAAAAAUUAGAAUUGAAAAAAAAUUGAUUUAAACAAAUUUAAAUUUAAAUAAAACACAUAUAAAAUAAAAUAAAUCUCCCUAAUGACUAAAAUAAUAGUUCUUAAAUGGGUAGGUUUUAAGUUUAUGCUUAAAAAGACUUAGAUUCUUGCAUGAGCGUAUGUCAUCAGGUAGUUUGUUCUAAAGUUUGGGGGCUGAGACAACGAAUGCUCUAGAUCCAUAGGUCUUAAGGUUAAAGCUAACAGGAUUCAGACUGAGCAUAAAAGAUGACUGAAGCGAUCUAGACAGUAAGUACCUGGUGAUAAGGUCUUGAAUGUAGGUUGGAGAUUGCUGAUGCAGAGCCUUGAAGGUAAGCAGUAGAAUCUUGAAAUUAAUUUGUUCAGAAACAAGUAGCCAAUGAAGAUCGAAGAGGAUGGGAGUCUGCCAGCUGCAUUCUGAAUCGAUUGAAGCUUUUUGAUGACGUUUUUAGGGACAUUAUACGUAGAGAAUUUCAGUGAUCGAGUUUGGAAGUUACAAAGGUGUGAAUAAGAAUAUCAGUAGUUUGCGUUAAUAAGUAUUUCCUUAUGCGGGAAAUGGUGCAACGAUGGUAAAAGGCAGAUUUACAAACAUUGUUGAUAUGGGGAAGCAUUGACAUAGUGAUAUCGAAGAUAACGCCAAUAUUUCUUGCAUUUGAAGAGGGCUUGAUUACGUCAGUUACAAAGCAAAGCAGUGGUAGAGCUCGGUCUUGUCUUUGUUUAGUUUUAGUCUGUUGAUGGACAUCCACUUAUCAAUGUUGGAAAGGCAUUUAUUCAUAUAUUUAUUUAGCUUCGCGUAACUAGAAUACAAUCUUUAUUCAUGAAUACAUAAAAAUUAUGAGGCAGGGAGACCACUACAGCAUAACCAAUAAUUACAGUGGAUCCCUUGUUAAUUAAAAAAAAAAACUAGAGCUACUGAUAUAUAAACAAGAAAAUCAAAAGGAAACAAAACAGAAGUUCAAAUUGCUAGAAGCAGCAAGUCAGCAGGCACAGGAGAGUCCUCGCUAUGUUGCACCUGGGACAGAUUGUUCUCCAGGUUCUGAUGUCCUCAACAUCGUACAGGUCCAGUGCCUUAUUGUAAUAUUGAAGUAGUCCUCAAUCUUAGUGAUACUGUUGGUUAAUUCCAUAUCUUUGUUUGUAGAGAAAGACAUAUAUAAUUGAGUGUCAUCGGUGUAAAAGUGAAAUUGCAUUUCACGGAAUCGUAGAAUAUCGGCAGGUGGUGCUUUGUAGAGUAAAUACAGAACUGGUCCAAGGACAGAACCUUGAGGUACACCACACUUGAGCUCGUGAGACUAUGAUCUACAUCCUUUGAUUAAUGCAAAUUGCGAGCGUUAGUAAGGUAGGAGUGAAACCAUUCAAGAGCCGUGCAAGAGAUAGAGUAUUUAGAGUGCAAUCUUGUAAGGAGGAUAUCGUGAUGCACAGUGUCGAAGGCAGCAGACAGGUCUAACAGUAGAGGCAUGCAUGACACAGUGAAGUUUAUCAAUAGCAAUCAAAAUGUCAUUAUGAAUGCACACAAGGGCAGUCUCACAACUGUGGAAAGGUUUGUUGGCAGAUUGUAGUGGCUCAUUUAAGUUGUUAGCUUCUAAAUAUUUUUACAGACAUACUGCAACGACCUUUUCAAUAACUUUUGAGAUUACCUUGAGGUUUGAAAUAGGUCUGUAGUUUGCAAGAACUUCAUUAUCUCAGUUGGCUUUCUUAAGUAGUGGAGAUAGAACUGCAGUGUUCAAAGAAGAUGGAAAAUGACCGGAUUCCAGUGACAAGUUGACAAUCUUCAGGAUAAUAAUUGGUAAAAGUAAAUAGAAGUGCUGCUUCAGUAGGGUGGGGGGAAGGGGAUCCAAAAUACAGGAUUUCAUGAUGAUAUUGUUAGCAAUUUUUGACAGUUCGGUGUUAGAAGUUGGAACAAAAUUUACAAACUGACAGGUUAGUGGUGAAGGUGUCAUCAAGUGCAUCAAUAUAAAUAAAAAUAUAAAUACCUGUAAGCAAGUUACCCUAUUGAAACGAGAAAAGAUUGGUAUUAUUGUUAACUGGGACAUUUUUUUCCAAGUCAAGUAGGUGGCAGUAGAUACAGCUGGAAAAGUGUUCAUGCAUUGGGUUUAGGUUUGGAAGGGGAUGAUCGCUCCCUCUCCAUUUUAGCUGUCUGGGGUUGACCCUGACAAAAUUAUUUUAUUGUUAAUUUGGGGUCCCUGAAAAGUGCAUCCAGUUCAUCUUGAGUGACCAGGCAAGGAAGUUUAACCCAGAUGACAGCACCCUUGUAUACCGGCAUUUGCUUUAUUUUGUUGCAUAAGUCUUAUGUUGGCGUUGAUCCAACUAAGUGUUUUUAGAAACAAAUACUGUACAUCAGAUUUGUUAUCCUCCUCUAAUAGGGUUUUGACCUCACUCAGUUCAGAGUUUUCGACAGUGUUUAAAGAGGAAGGAGCAAAUUAUAAGCUCGAAAGGUACAUAACACCUUACAUGCAGUAAAUUAAAUUUUGAGCAUUGUAGGGUUAGGUAUUGAAGGGGUCCUGAAAUUUGAACUUAUUUCAUUGAAUUUUGAGUGACUAUCUAGGAGAGAAUUUUAAACAGGAGGAUGGUGUACUGUUUCCUUAACCACCUCUCCUUUAUUGUUGUUUUUAUCAUAUGCUUGUUUGGUUAUCAAACAAAAGCGUAAAGAAACUAGUUAGAACAAGCCUUAAGCCCAAAAGUAGUCCAAUUUGUCAUUAUCUGAGAGAAAUCAAGAACGUUUGUGCCCUUCCUUUGUUUCUAAGCUUGCAAGUGUAACACACCUGGGCCCAGUUGUUCGAAAGACAGAUAAUGCUUCUAGCUGCUUAAGCUUCUUGAAAACCUUUUAAGUAUUCAUCUUUGAUUUUGAAAGCAGAAGAAGGUGGGGAAUGUACAAACUGCAGUAAGUAGGACAGGCAUAAGGCAAAGAAAUGAUGUAUUAAAAAGGACGGGCAGGGUUGUCAAUAAGGUUUUAAGUAGGUGGCAAAAGCUUUGGAGUCGGCAGAGAAGGAAAAAAAACUUGCACCAUUCGCGCAACUUGCAAGCGCCUAAAGUGCAAGUUACAAGGGGGAUCUGGGGGCAUGCCCUCUGGCAAAAGUUUUGAAAUCUGGGUUGUCAAUAAGGUCUUAAGUAGGUGGCAAAACCUUUGGAGUAGGCAGAGAAAGAAAAUAAACUUGCACCAUUCGCGCAACUUGCAAGCAAAGUGCAAGUUACUAGGGGGGUCUGGGGGCAUGCCCUCUGGCAAAAGUUUUGAAAUCUUGGUCGUCAAUAAGGUUUUAAGUAGGUGGCAAAAGCUUUGGAGUAGGCAAAGAAUGAAAAAAAAAAACUUGCACCACAGGUGCAACUUGCAAGUGUCGAAAGUGCAAGUUUCUAGGGGGUCUGGGGGCAUGCCCCCUGACAAAAGUUUUGAAAUCUGGGCCCCUAAGAAUGUAUUUCUGACACUCUGGAGCAAACUUAGAGUGUUUGAACGGAACACAGACAUCAUUAAAUUUUGGCUUUUUUGGGGGUCAUUUCCAAAGAAAAGUAGGCGGCAAGUUCAUGAGAGAUAGCCAGCUGUUAUUAAGAACCCUGGGAGGGGAGGACUGAUCUCCAUCACCCCCUCAUGACACCUAUACAGCAUGCUAGGACAAUGUUGAUCUGAUCCUGAUAUUAUGAACAAUUCUGCCAGAUUUUCGUUGUAACCCUAUAACGUGAUUAGGGAGGAUUGUUUAUGUUUUUGUUAUCUUUUGUUAUUCUUCCUGCAUUGAUAUGUGACAUGCCUGUUAUUUCAAAUACUGUGUGGCAUACAACUGAAGAGGUCAUACAACAAAACUAGUUUUGUAAAAUUGCCUAGAUAAGAUAGUGUGUUGAAAGACAAUCUCCAUUAGAUUUUUCUUUUCUCUGUUGACAUAUGAUGUGAUGAACUCUCACUGUUACAGGGGCCAGAUUAUUCAAAGGGUGAAGCGAAGUACAACAUUUUACACUACUCACAUUUUUUACUUUAUCAUUAAUCAAAUCAUAACAAUAAUAGAAAAUGUAUUCAAAAUUACAAUAUUCUUGGCACAGAACUGUUACUUGAAAUAUAAAUAAGAAGACAGUUACAUGUAAAACAACUGCUUGAAGAGUUGACUUUUCUUGAUUUUUCUAGCUGAAGCAAAAUACAUGUUGGGGCCAUAACCAAACAGAAAAUCCUUACCAAGGCAAUAUCAGAAAAGAAAGUAUCUUACUAAUAAUUAUUUGCUGAUGUUUAGCCUCUUAGCAAAGUCUUUUCUUGAGGCUCAAAGGAAAAUUGAAAACACUUACUGGGAUGAAGUUACUUGGUGUUUAUUUAAUCAUGAGUAUGAUAACAAACUGAAUUGGAUCAAGUUCAGUUACUAAUAAAAAUAUUAAUCAAUAAAAUUAUUAAGAUCUUCCAUGAGUUUUUGCAAAACAUUAAAAAAAACAUUGAAGGGCAUGUGCUUGAUGGCACACAUUUUCAAAAUACUAAUAAUAAUUGGCGUCAUACACUCAACGUGGUGCCUUAACAAUGCUGAAAUCAGGGCUGCUGAUAGCCAAUCAGAUUAUAGAAUGUAUCAACUGCAAUAAUUUAUUCUAAUUUCUUUAAUUUAUGUCAAAAAAUUCCAAUACAAGAAACAAUAUUAUUCAUCAUGUUAUGUCAAUGACAGGAUCAUUGAUUGCUUUUCACAUGACAGUCGCGGUGUUAUUAAUUGCAUCAUUUCAACUGUGGGUUACUGGCCUUUGUAAGGCACUGGUGUCAACAAUAGUAAAGCUAUUAACUUCCCCCCAUAAAUAACUGGUACCAUCUCCUGAAGAACAGACCAGCAGUAUGCAGUCUCAACAUCAUGAUCAAUAACAAAGUGACCAUCAUGAGACGAAGAUAAACAAGCCUUUCAAAUUUUCAAAACAAAUGGUUGAAUUCCAGGUAAACCAUAGGGUACCCUGCACUUCUGCAAAAUCAGUAAUAAUGUGAAAACUACUGUACAUUUCACACAUACAUGCAAAAAUCAUGACAUUAGAAAUAAUAAAAAACAUGAAUAAAGACCGCAGUCCACUUCAUGCCCAGUUACAGUUAUGGGGGAAGGGGGGACUCAAAAAUUUUCUCACCUUGGGGUACAACCCUUCGCCUAGAUCUGACACUGAUGAAGGAUAAAUACUGUAGGUCCAAUCAUUCUUCAAGUAAAAAUUAUAGGUGGCCUGCAAUAAUAGUACCGUUAAUUAACUUAUCUUAUUUUAGGACAACUUUUUAAAAUACGAAAAUUUAUUGUGGGGGAUUAAACCAAUAACUAUUCCAAACAUCAUGAAAACACUUUUCAAAAUUCCGGGCACACUUAAUUUGUUAACUGUUAUAUAAAGAGGAUAUAAACGCACACAAAAAUUAAUGAAGGAAUCCAGCAUUUGAGAUGCGGUGCCAACAACGUUCCCCUCGCACCCCUCCCUUCAAUUUGUGGAUUGGCCUACAAUAGGAUCUAAGACGAGUACAAACCCAAAGAAUGUUAAAUCCAGGGCCACUGUUCAUUCACUCUAAAACAGCGCUGCCUUUUUCGGAGUUCCCUUAGACAUUCGUUUUGGUCGCCUCAGAAAUUCAUCAAUUGCUCUGAUGCAGUGCUUCCAGGUAUUAAUUUUUUCGUCGGAAGAGAUCGCGUAGACAUCGUACACCGUGUCCUUCACGAAGCGAAGUCGAUCUGGGUCAACUGCUUCUUUCCCUCUUGUACCGGUGCAAUUCUUAUUUUCCAGUUCACUUUGGUCAAAAAUAUGUCGCAGCAGCUGCACUGCAAAAUUUCCGAUGGAGCAGCUCUUGCAUUUAAUUUGAGCUAGUUCCUCCGGGGUGAUGUACUCGGGAAGGACUUUCCUUGUAACGAGCGGUGGAGUCGGCCCUUCGUUCUCAUUGUCAGAAUCUUCGCUCGAACCAAGAGUUUUCACCGAAUUAGUGACCAUCGAUGGCGUGUUGGUAUUCAAAGGAGCUUGAGGCCUUGUCGGAGUAUUGAUGGGAGUAGUGGUUUCCACGCGCGGGGAAGGCGAAACGCAAGAAGGUGGAUCAGCUGGAAGUUGUGUGGCGGUGGAGGGUGGCUGCUCGCCUCGCGAGUUUUCACUGCUGUUAAGAAUGGAAACGACCGGAGUAACGCUAACUGAGGUAGGUGUCGUGCCUUGGCUUAGAAAAGAGCCUUGUAGUGUAGGGAAGAAUGAGAAUAGCUGCUCCAUGCCUCGCAUGAUCUUGUUUUGGUUAUGAAGAAUGGUCGCUUGAUUCACCAUGAUGGCGCGUUGGUUUUCCAAUAUGGCGGAGAAGCGGUCUGGAUUCAGGGAGUCGUUUGGAUCCAUGGCCAUGCUUUACGCUUUGUUGCCUGCUGAAGUUGGAGGUUCAAGAGCUGUAUUGUGUUUAAAAGGUUUAAAGGACUAUUUGCGUUCCUUUAAGAUAUUUGAAACCGGGUCUCUUCUCCGGAACGCGAGUGAGACGGCGUCCACGUAAAAGUUAAUCGCGAGUAAACCCGCGUGACCAUGCUGAGGUACCGCGCGACCACGUGGUACGCGCACAAACGAGGGUGGAAAAUACUUUAGUGUCACGUGAAACAGCUUGUUAAUUGAUUUGAAGAGAGAAUUUCCCAGCUCUUUAAAGUGUUUGCUGAUCUGAUUAUUUUCCUUUAUUGUACUAGAGGCUCAUUAUUAUGAUACCAUUAAGCUUUUAAAUUUCUGAAAGAAGGUGACAUAACCAAAGUUUAAAAAGUAUGGUAUUGCAAAUUAUUGUCAAAGCAAGAUUGACUGUAGAUGGUUGUUUACAGUGGUCUUAAAUUUUUAUUAACAAAAGAUUGUAGACUUUCCACAAGUGUCGCAACUUUGGCAAAAUUCAUCAUUGAUAUAUAUGUUGCCAUUAUUUUUUUAUUUAUUUAGUUAAUUUGUGGUUUUCUUUUUUUAAAAUUCAUUAGCAUACAUUACCAUACUCAAAAAACAAAAUUUCAAAUAUCACUGAGGUAAAAAAUUAAUAGAUGGUUUUCAAUGUGACGUCAUCAAAUUGUAAAGUCAAAAUGGCGAGGUUUUACGAAUUCCUAUUUACACUAGGUUGAAGAUAAACAAAAAAUAAAUCUUUGUACUGUAACUUUCCAGUCCUGUAGCAUGUUUCAUUUCAAAAAUACAGCAAUUUGAACUUCCGAGUUUUCACAGUGCAUGACAUUGAAAUAGGAAUAAUGUCUCAUUGAAAAAAACAGUCUGUCCUCUUGAUUUUCAGCAGUAUAACCAUUUCAAGUAUUAGAAGGUAUAUUUAUGUGCACGUAUGCUAGUUCUCAAGUGAAAAUAAAGAGCUUUUAUAGAAAAAAGGAACUCCAGAUUUUUUUGUUGAUUUCCGGCGGCCAUAUUGGUGCACCAAAAUGGUGCACCAUUAUGGCGUCUCCAUACAAAGUUCUCCAAAGGUGCGUGAAACGUUUCGGCAAAUAAUUCAGAAACUGUGGGCCACAAAGACCUUAGACUUGGACAAAUUGUUUAUAUAAUAGUCUUUUAUAACAUUUCAUUUUCUUGGCUUCUUCCACUGGACGGUUUCCAAUUUAUUUUUUUGUUGCGUGACAGUGAAAACGAUCUAUUGGAUUUUUUUCAAAGAAGUUGACAAGAUUUUGUCCCUUAGGACAAAUUUUUCAAAGGUGCUGAGAAAGGAACGAACCCUUCAGAUUUUACUUUUGAAAGUACACUGACAAAAAUUUGAGACUUUGGAUUCCAGUUAUCUUUAGGGGUGGGGGGUGGGGGAUUAAAAAUGGAACGUUCCUAAUAUAUUAUGAAGUACUUAAAAAGUUAAUCCACUUUUGCAACUGUUCAUGUCCUAGCUAAAGGCACUUUUUGUUAGCUUUUGGAGUUUUUAGUCUAGUCUUUAGAAUCGCCAUAAGUAAAAAACAAAAAAUGUUUUUGCAAUUUUAUUAAUUUUAUAGCUUUGCUUUAGUGUGACUUUGCAUUUGGUCAGUUUGUGCAAUGGUACAACCUAGUAUAACUAGACUGCUUACACCAAUUCCACUCCACUUUGAUGAGCAAUGGUUAUAAAAGUUGUAUAUUAUUUCCUUCAGAUUUAUAAGAUUUUGUACCCUUGAAGAAUGCCAUGAUGCAGUUUCCUUGCUCCAUGGCCGUCUCCUUGGUAACCGGACUAUAACUGUGGAAUAUGCCUGUGAGACCAAAGACAGAUUACAAGGAGAAGAUCCAAGUGAUUUGCCUCAAGACAGUGAGUACACCUGUAGGACAUUAAUUGUGUGUAAUUACACAUGAACCACCAACUAUCAGGGCUGUGCCCUCUCAGCUUAUGAAUAAAUGAUAUGUUAUUUCUUUAAAAAUAAGUAAAAAAUAGAAGUUCAGAGACAUGUUUGUCUAGUAAAACUAAAGUGACAUGCAAAAAAUCAGUACUUUUGAAGCACUUUCAAAAAAUGACCAAAAAAUCAAGGUGUCAUUCUUGCACUGAGAUCUUCAAUGCCAACCCUCCUAGUUUACCCGGCUCCUGGAUACGGAACCAACCUCCUGGUCUCUCUUAUGGGUCACCAAAUCUCCUGGAUAAGAUCUACUUUUGGGUUUUUCUGUGCUUUAGUUUGGAAUUUAACCCAUUCCCCCCAAAAAUUCAAAUCAUUUUCAGAUUCAUAGUUCAUUUUCUGGGGCAUUAAAUUUUUUGCAUGUAUUUGUUAUUGUUAAAAUAGUUAUUAUAUUUUCUUUAAAGUGACUUUUGAUGGUCUGUACCUUAUGUAAGACUUAAUUACCCUCACCUGUGUUACAAUUUAAGGAUUUGGUCGAUUUGUGUUUAUCAGGGGGGAGGGGUUGGUUGUUGAUAUCUUGCAAGGAGGGGGUUAAAGUAGAAGUGAGAGUCCGCUGGUCUUAGAUCUUCAGAGGUUAAAUCUAUAAAGGAAACUCUGAUGUUUUGGCUGUAUUCAUCUGGGAAAAAUAUACCAAUCCAUGUUCCAGUGCCAGGUGGAUAUUGUUGAUUUAAAAAAGCAAAACUUUGCUGACAUUGUUGUUUCAUUUUCACUCGUUGACUUACAAGUUUACACGUAGAGGGCAUCACCAUCUAAACAGAUAAAGCUAAGAAAUUGAAAGAACUGGUUGACUUGAGCAAUUUUUGUAAUUUGCAGCUCUUUCCUAACCUGUGUACAGACGCCCAACUUCCCUCAGGAAAAAUCGAGAGAGGAGAUGUCUGUGAAUCGCUGCAGUUAAUUGUGUUCCGGUAUACAUUUGUGCAAAUUAUUUUUUUUGUUUUUUCUCUGACAGUUGAAAAGGUGUUGACAGACCAACAUGACACUUACUCUUUUAGAGCACGUACGCAGUUAUUUUCACGGAUAUUCUCAACCUUUGUAGCUAAGCUAGGCUCUAACUAGAAUAUCUAACUAAAAUGUCAUUCACAAUGAGUAUUUUAUGCUUUGGAAGAUUCUAACACAUUCUUUGGUCUUUUUUAGCACAUGAAGUCGGUCUGUUACUGUGUGUCGAUUUCCUGUAGUUUUUGGUUUGAAAGAAUUUUGUUCUUGGAAGCACUGUUUACGUUUGAAGUCAAACGUUUUUUGCGGUAGUUGAUCCAUUCGAUGAUUUCGAGUAGGUUUCACGUAAAGGAUCGUUCACAUCUCUUCAACAAGAAAUUACAAUAGCCUUACUUUUGGCUAAUUGUAUGAAUCAUGACUGGCAUAUGUAGGUCGAAAAAUAGCUCUUUACACAGGCAAGCGGAACAUCAUCACAAAAUGUCCACCCAAAACUCCAGAUAUAAGAUCUCAGAUUAGAGUCAAGCCAGGUCAAGCGUACCUCCCAGGAUCCCAUUAAUGUAUUUAUUAUUUGAAAGUUGAAUACGUUGGUAGUUGUAGAUUUCAGAUUUGUCUCUAUGUGCCUUCUUGCAUGCGUAAUGAGCCGUGAAUUCACACGCAAUUCAGUUACGAAAUUUCUACCUGCUCAGUUUCCUCGAAUUUGAUGUAAAUGUCUUCUAAGACAUUUAAUCCAUUCAAAGAUUUAAAUCUGACCAAAUGCAGAGAAGUUCUCCUAAAAUAUUCACUGCUCAUCACGCAUGAAGGAAUGCCGUUUCAAAUUUGACACCAGUUACGGGAACGACUAACAGAUUUAUUUUUUCAAAUAAUCAAUUCAUUAAUAGAAUCUUUUGGGGUAAAAUUUACCUGCCUUGGCUGUAAACGUUGGAUUUUGUAUGUCCUUCUCUUUUAUUUACAAUACUGACCGGUACAGACAGGUGCACCCGCAAGUGGUGCAGUAAACAUCGGUAACUUCUCAUGCCUAUUCCAGACAGCCGAAAUACAAAUACCGGUAAACAAAUAUGAAUGUCCACAAAGACUGAGCUUUUCCCUGGGGAAUCUAUUCUGAGAUUCGUUCACCAAUCACAACACCGUAAAUUAUUUGCAUCAUGGCAUUAACAUUACAACCAAUCAGAGGCUGUCCCCAAAAUUCCAGGGAAACGGGAACACGAUUAUCAUCAGCGAUUCACAGACGUCUCCUCUCCUGAUUUUUCCUUAGGGAGGGGGACAUUUGUACACUGGCUACUCUUUCCUAUCUGUAAAAACCAUAAAAAUCUGCAAAAUUGCUGGAUGGCAAAACCUUAUUGAGCCAUACAUUGUGAGUAAAAUUUUUUUGGUCUUGAAAGAGAAUUUGUCCAAAUUUUCAGCCAGUGUGGCUAUGCUCCUUUAAUAUUAAAGAGUUUAAGCUUCACAUAUAUGGCAAACAGCAAACGUCAGUUUCAAGUCAAGAAUUUCUCAAAGUUAUAAACAGCCCAGAAAAUUGUUAUGGAGCUAAUUUGUGUGUAGAAAUAAUGAACAAUGGGCGACAGGCAAAAGGGAAACUUGGUUAUGUGGUACAAAUUCGUGUUUGCCAUUUGACGUAAACACGAUGCUUAUCCUCUCUAUGCAGAGAUGUUAUUUUAAUAGCUUGACCAGAGCAGUAAACCAUUUACUUAGUAAAUGCAAAUAAGGACUACCUAGUUUUUUUUUAUUUCAUGUUGUUUUGCUGUGAUUUUUGCACAUUCAAAUCGGUAAAGACCGCUUUUUUCUUUUUCCUUGUUAUCUUGAGAACUGUAAAUUUUUAGAAAGUUAAAAUAUUUUUUUCAAACAUAGUUACCUAAUAGGGUUUUUCCUGGUAAUCAGUAUUGGCAAUUUUCUGAGCGUGGCCAACCAUUCGUAGUUGUUCCACUCACUAGCUCAGACUCUUAAAUGCUGGGUACCCUGUAUUCCAUGAGUUCUUGUAGCUUUGGGCCUCCCUGAAUUUUUCUCAUAAGUGUAUGAAUGGUUGUGAAAUAAUGUAAUAUGUUGGUUUGUAAGCAUAAAAACCAUAGUCCUGAAAAGAAUGUAGGUAGUGUUCUUUUCUGUGUUUUUGCGUGACCUGUUGGCAUAACAUAUAGCAACCAACUGACAUGCUUUGAUAAUCUCGUACCCAGAUCUCUUGUUUACAAAGCUGAAAGCCAGAUCUGGUCAAGUAAAAAAAUUUACUUUUUAUGAUUGGCUAGACUGUGAGUGAAUGACGUGAGUGUUGUCUCCUAUGCUACUGCUCCUGUGCAAUUCAUUCUUUGCAAAUGCUUCAGUAGUUCUGUUCAAAAUAUUUUCACUGAUGAAGUUUUCGUCUCAAUAUAAGUUGUAAAACCGUUUUUAUCUCCUCUUUAAAGACUUUUUAAAACUCUCUCAUGGUAUCGAAAUUAAGACCUUUGAAAAGGGUGAAAAUAACUCUUUCCUUGAAGAUGAUACUUACUGCUUUGAGCCUUAAGCGCACACUAUAAUUAAAUUUUAACUAACUAGCUGCAGCUUUGAAUUUGAUGUUACAUAGAAAAACAACAACAAAUUAAUUUGUUCAUUCUUAAGAUAUGCGUAUAACCACGUUCUGUUAAAUGGUUGACAUGGCACAAAAAAAAUGUCUCGAUUUGACGCGUCUGAGUUUCAUUGUUUCUAUUGAUUUGUACAGCUGUAACAUGAAAUUGCUAACUGGUUUGAGGAUGAGCUAUGAAUUUUACCAAGCAAUAGUCACUUAACUCUGUUGUUAACCUGACUGCAUGUGUUGCUCUUUCUACAGAGAAGGACAAACUUUUGAGGAAUGAUUAUCCAAGGGUUGAGCAUUUAUAUCGGCCCAUGUCUACUGAGGAGUCCCAGGAGAAAAUGAUCCUUUGGAAGCUACGUUGCUCUGCAACAAGACUGAAAUCCUCUACAACUAUAAGUGGACAAGGUACAAGGAAAUUCAAACAGUGCAUGCAUCUUUAGUUUAAACUUUUCCAGUAAUCUUUUUACUGUUGUAUUGGUCAACUUUGGCAAGUACUCCUCCUGAUAGAGCCGAGUAGCCUAAGUUAUGGUUUGAUGUUGUGUAAUUGUUUUCUUCUAAAAGUUAUCAACAGAAACUAGAGCGCUUUAAUAAUUUAAAUUUAUAUUCCUCAAGAACUCCACAAGUAGAGCUGCAACAGUACACCAAUGUAUCCAUGACCUGCCACAUUUUUCCUGAGAUACAAAUAUGGAUAUUUCAGCAAGUUAUCACACCCAUGUUAUGAUGAAGGAUGUCACUAAGAUUUCAAGUUGGUGGGUUAAAGUACAACAAGUAGGAGGGGAAUCAAAGAGCUGGGGAUUUCUUUUAGUUUUAUUUUUCUCUUUUUUUAUUUUCCCAUGAAAGUAGCAGGGGACCAUGUUCAUAGUUUAGGCAGGGGAAAUCCCUGGCCUUGGGCUCUUAAUGACAGCCCUGUAUGAUGCAAGGGAAAUAUGCUACAUCGAAAAAAUUGUGAAAUCAGUGCCUUAAAUUAUUCCUUGCUCAUGCCCUGCAUUUUAGCUUUUGUAGUAACCAGCCCUGCUUUGCAUAUUUUUCAUGGUGCACAAAUCCAUGCAUGUAUUUGCACCUUGUCAGCUGCACCCCUCACAUGCAAAAACACUUAAUUUGUCAGCACAGCUUCCUAACGAAUCAUGUUGGUAACUAGUCUAGUCACGCACUGGAAUGUAUCAUAUGUUGUAUUGUAUUGUGACCCUUAGAUUGUGAUCAGUAUUGUAUGAUGGGAAAAAGUUUCGUUGCAGUCCCUUCCCUAAGACUGUUUCUUUGCCUUUUAAACUUUAGCUAAGAACGAGUUUGCCUCAGUAAGUGUCAUCCGUAACUUCUUUGUGAAGGUUUUUUUUUUCAUUGUAUUUUAUCUAAUUCUCAAGUUUUUUUCCUAGAAAACAAAGAAGAGUUUAUGAAUAAAAUUCAGGAAGUAGUCAGGAAAGUAGCCAGUCUUUCUGCAGACACACAGACACUGCCAUCUGGUUCAGAGGGAUCUCCAUGCUCACCUUGGAUUCUCAGAGAGUUAAAUGGGUAAUGAGAUGUUUAUUCUAGUUUCUUCUUGCUUUUCUAGUACUGUCUAUUAAACAUUUGGUAUUACAUUUUCCAGGAGUUUCGUUUUGUACAUCUCUUCAUCAUUUUAUUACAGUGGAAGCUCUCAUGAGCGGACAUCCUCAGAACACGAAAAAGGUGUCUGUUACUAACGCUGCCCGCUUCCGGGGAUGUAAAAAUAUAGAGUUUUUGUGGGAGUUGAGAAAAACUCGGUUUUGUGAAGGCGAACGUAAGUAGAGCUGUCCGCUUUCGAGAGUGUCUGCUAGGAGAGCUACCGCUGUAAUGAUAAGUAAUGUUGGUUCUCUUUUAAAGUUUUCUUGAUUUGUUCCCCCCUCCCUCGACUGGUAACACCCUGUGCUUAUUAAAUGGUUGUCGCUCCAAGUGGGUAAGAAAGAAGGAAUCCUAUGUGUUCUGAUUGGUUCCCUGAGUGGGAAAGACGGGCUUGCUAAGGAUUUCCGGCUCAAGGUCUAGAAAGGCAAGAAAAAGGUUUUUUCUUGGCCACAAAAUGAACUCGGCAACUCUGUUCAAGUCCAUAAAAAUGCAAAAUCGAAUUUGGCCUAAUAGCGCCAUGUGCAUGCAGAAGACAAAUUAAUGUCAGGCUGACGUACUGACUUUUUGAUAGACUGACAUGAUGACAAGCUGACAGCUAGGUUGAUUUGCUGCGGACAGGGUGACAGGCUAACAAGCUUGCAAAAGGAUGUGCCGAUCAGGGCUGUCAUUAAGUUUUGAAGGAGCCGUAGCAAAUGAAGAUUCACCCGUAACAUCUCACAAAAAUUUAUAGUGCCACCUUUUGCUUUCCACUGUGAUCACCCUUAAUAUCAGGUGAGCUCAGCCGUAACAGGUAUAACGGGUUAUGGCCCUUAAUUACAGCUCUGCCAAUGAAGGAAAGUAAACGAAUCUAAUGUCAGUAUGACGACUGUUCUUGUUUACUUUUCUAGAAAUUCUGGGCCUGAACAAAAAGCACAAUCCAAUCUCACAGACAAUUGCCAAGAGCAGUACAGAGGGGUUGGCAGGAUUCAACCUCAAGUGACUGGCUCAGAUGCAAUAGAUGUAGUUAACAAGAAAGAGCUUUUAGAAACUCCACAAAGACAUGAACGCUCUCCAGAAGCAAGUUCUAAGCCUUUUUCUCCUCCUGACCUUGCCAGAAGCAUUGGAUUGGGCCCAGAUAAUGAUUCCUCAACCUCUGGUUUCCCGGGUUCUCCACCAAAGGAUGCAUGUAACAGCUCACUGAGCGACUCUGUCAGUGUUGGUUCAACUUCACCAGAAAGACCUAUCGGGCAGCACUGUCAGUUUCGUCACAGUGGGAGCCUCUCUCAUGGACAUGCCUCCGAGUCAAGUCAGUCAGAAAGCACAAGUUCUUCACCCUCUCGGCAAUUGUCAUUAUCCCCUGGUACAAUUUAUCGUGAAGAAGAGGAAAUCUCCAAAAAACGAGAUGGCUGUCCCUCACUGGCUGAACAAGGCACGGAUAAUAGUCAGUAUGGGCUGGAAACUUGUGCUGGAUAUACAAAUAACCCUGAUAGCAGAUGCCAUGGUCCACCCAGCAGAAAUCAUUACAGUGACAUGGGCUUGUGUUACUUUGACUCCGCUAGAGAUUGUAGUACCAAGCCAAGCGGUAUAACUAGUCAACUUGGCAAUCACCAUGCACAUCAGCAACCUAAAGCUGCUGUGAAUAGCGGUUUUUUUAGAGGACAGAAACAAGCACAAUUUUCACCAGUAACCUCUCAGGAGAGGCAAUCACAACAAGGCAGUCUUGAUGAUCCAGUGACUAAAGGCAGACACGCUAAUUCAUCCCCUGUUCACCAGGGAAUACUGACCGGCCCUCCUUAUUCUGUGGUCACUAAUUUAGACGUAGUAAACCAAGAACUAGCAUCAAAUUCAUCAGAAAUCGUUGGCCCUAAACCGCCAUUGGUACCAACUCAACACCCCAGUCCAGAGCAGAUAAGAGGGCCACCCGUUGUCCAACAUGGUUUACCACGUGCCCCUUUUUGCCCUGAGAAUGCUUCUGCUGGUAAGGAAGGUCAAAGGAGGACACAGUAUUCCUCAGCAGUCAUCCAGCCACAACAAGCCUCUGUGCCUAGGCAUCACCUAAAUCAGGAAAAAGUGCAAGUUGUUAGUGAAGCAAUUAAACCCAUUACUCAAAAGGGUCCACCGACUGGGAACACUGGUGUUGACAGGGAAGGUUCCAGAAGGACAUACGUUUUCUCAGCAAUGACUGAGCAACAGCAAGCAGGUGUGCCUAGUCAUCUCCUAACUCAGAAUAAAGCGCAAGUUGUUAAUAAUGGAAAUACACCGUUUGCCCAACAGGAACAACUGAGAGUUGUCCAGGGUCAUGAAAACACUAGUGUUUCCAAAGAGAUUCAGAGAGGGAUGCAAUAUUCCUCAGCUGUCACUCAGUCACAACGUGCUUCUUUGCCUAGUCAUCAUCCAAGUCAGGAGCAAGUACGAGUUGUUAACGACGUAAAUAAACCCUCUGCCCAGCAGGGACACACGAGAUGCCCUGUUGGUCCAAUGAGUACCAAUGUAGCAGUGGUUCCUCAGCCUCAGCAAGCUCCUGUGCCUAGUCAUCGUCCAAAUCAAGAGAAAGGGCAAGUUGUUAAUGAAAAAAAGAAACCCUUUGUUUGCCUAUCAUUAUCAGGUAAACCUUCUGCUAAAAACGACGACGUACGUAACAAAGGGCAAACAAGACACGAACAGUAUUCCCCUGACAAACCUGAGCCACAACAGAGCUACGUUCCUAAACAACACGUCAACCAACCCUUUGCCCAGGAUUCACUAUUUGGUUUUCCACCUCUGGCUAAAUUGCUAGGGCAGAGCCAACAACUUCAGGUCAUACAGUUGGCAAACUUGAUGGCAUCUGGAUGGCAUCAGCCUGGGUUUCCAAGGCACCCAUUUUUCACUCCUGGUACAUUUAACCCAGGGAACUUGCAAGGGUGGAAUCCGAAUCCUUUUUUGCAGCAACAGUUUGCAGCUUCAAGGAUGCCAUUUGGAUCACCCUUCCAAGGAGAAGAGCGUCAAGUAAGGCCCAGGUUUGGCUUUGGAGUAACGAAUCCAGUGUCACGACAAGGGCAAAGACAUCAGGUUCCUGUUGGCAGAGGAUCAAACUUUGCUCCAAGGUUUCGAAAUCCUGUUACAGCCAAUGUUAAGGCUGCUGCGGAACCAGAGAAGAGCGUUUCUGAGAUGUCCAAACUUGCAAGCGUAGACCCUAAUUUGAUUGAAGUCAAAAGUGAAUUUGACGUAGACGGCUGUAAGAAGGAGCAAAAUGCGGCAAGUGAUUCACCAAAAGACAGUGGUAGACAAGAAAAGCAGCCAACCACACCAUACAAUACCAAAGCCCAUGUGGAGUCAGCAGGACAAACACUGGUGGCUCCAAGACAAUAUCAAGAAAAAAGUCCAAGUGCCGAAAAAUUUAAAGCAAUUUCCCCAAUGUCAGAUACUGCCAACUCACCUCCAGGCUCCAUUUUACCCAAAGUUGCUGGAGAUUUUGAGAGUCCGGGGACUAACACGCCGCCUUCAAAGAUGACCCAGAGUGAGAUACAUCUCAAGGAGGAAAAAGCAGAAUUAAAACGAAUUGUCAAAGAAAAUGAAAGCCUGAGGCAAUGUAUAGACUGGAAUAACUCAGGAGGGAUUUCCUCUGAUAUUGCUAAAGAGAAAAGGUGAUUGCCCCCUUCCUUUUGUUUAUAGGAAGCUUAAGCAACGACGACGGCGACAGCAAUGACAACAGCAAAAAUGCAAUAGGUUUAGAUCAUGAUUGGCAGAACAACAACUCUUGCACUUGCAUCGCGCUUUUUUGGACGUUUCUUAGCCGUCGUUGCACGACUACGGCGUGAAGGUGCCUUACUUCGCGUUUUGUGUCGCCGUCGUCGUUGCGUAAGCACCCAAAUUUAUUUAUUUUUUCACGUUUUAUAUAAAUUGUUUUUUGACGUUCUUGUUGCCAUCGUCGUCGUGGUUGGGUAAACUCGAAUUACCUCUUGAAUCAUUAUAUUGUUUUCACGCCUGCUUUUACUGGUGCAUCCAAGGAGCUGUUUGAGACAAACUCCUUGUUUUCUAGCCUCAACUAGUAUGGUAAAGAUUGGACUCUAUGUCUAAAAGUCUGAGCUUUUUUAAGGUCUUUUUUGAAACAACCAGUAUUUGAGUUAAGAAUUUGUGGAUGAUAGCUUAAACAUUCGCAAUCCUUGGCGUUAGACUCAGUCAGCCCGAAAGUGAAACCUCUGAGUUGAUAAAAAGAAGUCAGAACUCACCUUACUUCAUCACUGAUAACUAAAGGUAAUGUUACAGAGACGAUUCGCAACAACGGUUUUUAGCUCAGCAAAAAUCUGCAGCAUUGUUGCGACAUUGUUCCAACAUUGCAACGCUGUGUUACACUAAAAAUCGUCGUUGCGAAUCGUCCCGUGCCACAUCACCUUUACAUCUGUCGGUAAUUGUUACAUGUGUGUGCAUGCUAAGUUUGUUUUUGUCUGUGUUUUCUAGGGACUCCUUGAGGGCCGAGAUUCACAAUAAAGAAGUGCAGCUUCAGAAGGAGAAAGAAAUUAUCAUUGCUAGGUGUGAUAGACACUUUUUAAACUGUCCAUUGAUGUUUUGUUUCGUUUUGUCUUCUACUCUAACAUACUGUAGAAAUCGCCCAAUGUCAAGCCUAAAUAUUGUUCCUCUUUCAGUUGUGCACUUAUUCCGUAAAGUUCAUAAGAGCCAAGUUGUUAUUAAUGUCCAAUCUUUUUAGCGGAAUUUGAAUUAGAUAGUAAGAAAAAGAGAACUUGUCAAGAGGUCGAAGAAAUAAACUCGUUUUUGAUAAGUCGUUUGUAAAAAUUACAAAUUAUAAACCCAGCAGCAAGUGUAAAGAAGGCAACUCCUGUUGUCCCGUUUUCCAUGACUCUUAGGGUGCUUUCCAUUUGUGAGAACUGACCGGCCAGAUCAUUCCCGUUGUAAUGAGAAUUUCACUUGUAAUCAAAGCUAUCUAGCCAGAUUAGUCAAAUCCUUCAUAGAAUGCACGAAGGACAGGGGUUUUUUAACCAAAAACUCUUGGUAAAAGCCUAUUUUAGUGUCAAAAUGACCGGUCCGGCUAUGGUCCGGCCGGCCAGCUCUGACUUUUGGAAAGCACCCUUAGUCUACCUUCAUACGAGUAGCUGUUUUAAUCCAACGUUUUUACUGUAGUAACGUUUUACGGUUCGAAAACUAAUCACAAAGACAAACAUAAAUUAGUUAAAUGGGCUAUACCGUUUUGUUUUCUCUUUCUACAGAAAAGCUGAACAAGAGAUUCUAUAUGAGAGAGAGAAACUCGAAGCUGCUUUUGAUCAGCAACUAAAGAAAGAGGUUUGUAAUGACUCUAAAUGUCAACCACGCUUCUUCUUUGAGAAUCGUAGCAAUGUGUUUAUAUAAAUGGGUUGAGCAUGGUCGUUCUGGUGUCCUGAAUAGGACUGUUGUUGACUGUCUAAGGUCUCUGCUGGUUUCACUAAUGUAAGUGGCCAGACUAGGAGCAGUAUACAAGAUCAAAUGCUGCGACUGCAAGGCCACUUACAUUGGCGAAAACCGGUAGAACCUUAGCACGCGACUGACUGAACACAAACGAGCGACAAGAAAUGGUGAAAUAUGUAGUUUUAUUUAUUUAUUUAUUUUGUAGCUUGAGACAGAGAAGAGGCUUGGUGAAACAAAAAAUAAGAUUUACCUGGCAAGACUAGAAAACGAACUCCUGAGAUGCCAUCAAGACCUCCACGGCGUAAUCGCAAUUGCUGAAAAACAUUAGUUAAUUUUUGAAUAUGAUUAUCCUGGAAUUAAAAUUGCGUCUAGCACUGGGACUGUUCAUGGUGGCCGCAUUUGUGAUAGAUCAUUUCCACAGAGCCGGGUGUACUUGGACCCAUCCAUUCUUAUACUAAUCCACUGGCUCUGAUAUCUCCUUAAAUUCCUUUAUUUAUCUGUGGGAUAUUUAAGUGAGAUUAUCACAAAUUUAGCUUGGUUAUCAUGGGUUUGCGUUUUAAUAAGUUGCGUAUUUAUAUUGUGCGGAAAGCACAUGUUGAUGCGAAAGGCAUACUUCAUUACAUUUUGUGAAGCUACAGACUUCGUUAAAAAGCUAUUAAAUAAUUGUUUAAAAGCAUACAAUAGUCAAGAUUAAAACUGCUUAUGUGUUUAGUGCAAGAGUUAAGG